GUCUGGCUGGCACACGGUGGCUGCUGCCUAUUCUCUCUGCUGCCCCUAGCGGCUCUCAGCUGGAGCUGCAGUUACUGGGCGGAUUUGCUUCCUGUGCCGGACACACAGGGGGAGCCCGCUCCCUCCGCCGACGCAGGGUCAGACGGAUGGAGUCCCAGGGACAAGUACAGAGCAGUGCGGUGCGGGCAGAUUUUGGGGCUUAUUCUCCUCCUGGGUCCACUCGGAAGCGUCACAUCCGUUUUGCAGCACACCAUGACAUCAUCCUGCUGCGUGAGGUCAUCCACCACAACCCGUUCUGGGUGCGAGAGUUCGGCCAGGUGUGGGCGGCGGUGGCGGAGAGAAUGAGCAGCGCCCUGCAGGGAGAGGGAUUUGAGGUGGACGGGAGGAGAUGCAGAGAGAGGACUGCUCUACUACUGGACUAUUAUAAGAGGCAGAACUUCGCUAUGCUGCGCAGGGGUGGCACAGAGGCUAUGUAUAUGGAGAAGGAGGAUUUGCUACAGAAAAUUCUGGAACUGGAGUCCGAGAAAAGAGAAGUUGGCUCUGAUCCACGGCAUAGGGACCCUCUCAGAGACACCAUGUCAAUUACCGUCACCGAGGAGACACUACGCAGGGCACAGGAGGAAGCGUCGGCUCCACCUGUUAUGGAAUCCAAAAUCGAAGAAAACAAUAUGGGGGAGAGACUGACCAGGAAGCAGGAGUGUGAAGGAUGCUGCAGUGCAUACGCUCGGAUUCUGCAACACCUGGAGCGGCGAGCUGAAGCGGAGCAGCGUCUGCGGGAAGAGGAGCUAGCGCUACGUCGAGAAGAACUGCAGCUACAGAGAGAGAGAGCAGCAUUGGAGAGAGAGAGGCAGGAGGCUGAGCGUAGAGAGAGGGAAAGAAGGUUUGAACUAGAAAGAGAGGAGAGGCAGGUCAUAUUGGAAAUAUUGAGAGAGAAGAUGAUUAAGUGACAGUGACAAGUCUGUUACAAAAAUACACUAGUGAAAGGCAGAUAUACUGAGAAAGACAGGACCAGUGAGUGUGUCUGUGUAGCAGGGUCACAGAUAGGGAAAGCAGAUCACGCUGGUUUUAGUGCAAGGAGGGGGAGGUGAGAAACUUAAUGUAGAUGACAAGACAAAGCAAAAAUGAAACACAAAAAGAAACAAAAACUAGAAAAUAAAGCAAAACCUGCUCAAUGAAAUGGAACAGUGUGAAAUAGUAUUACAGGUGUAUCAAUGUCAAGAGUGCGAGGGAGAGGACACAGAGAAAGUAACUAAAUAGUAAUAGACUAUAUGUAUUUUGAAUUUACUGUAACUAAGAACAAGAAAGUGACAGGAAUAAAGGGACCAGGUUUUAGCUCUUACUGCUAGUAAAAGAAUAAAACCACAGAAUGCUGACCCCAAGAACACACCUCGCCAAAAUAUGUAUGUACAGAAUUAUAUAUAGUUAUUUUGAUAGAGGCAUAUAUUUCAGCCACCUCUGUUAUGGGUCAUAGGGUCGACCUGAGUAACAUAGACAGUCAUUAGGUUGACAUCAAAAGGUCGACAGACACUUGGUUGAUAUGGCAAAAAGGUCGAAUUGUAAACAGUCGACACAUGAAAAUGUCGAUGUUAGUUUAUUAAUGUGGCAUUCACUCCGUAAAGUGGCCAGGAACCCGAAUUAGUGUACCGCGUGAUGCGAGCAAGGUGCCUUGUUCCGCUGCGCUUGGCACAGAUUACUAUUCCCAAUCGGAGUCCUUGUGGAUGGUAAAGUAUGAAGGAUUGAAAAUGAAAGAAAAUUGUAAAAAAAACUCAUGUUGACCUUUUGUCCAUGUCGACCUAAUGCAUGUUGACCAAUAGUGGCUGACCUAAUGACUGUCGUCCUUAGUUAUGUCGACCUAGCAUCCGGAUACCCUCUGCACAGGCACUGAGGUGACUGAACUACUCCAUAAAGUUUUUUAAAAUAUGUAAAUAUUGUAUAUAUUUUAUUUUAUGCGUAACAGACUAAUAAAUAUAUACACUGUUAUGAAUUUUCUCUGAAAAAUUAACCAGGUAUGUGUCAAGUGGUAACAGAAAAUAUUUGUUAAAACGUGAGUUACUGUUUAUGUGUUUCCCUCUGAGUUACACAUUUUACUGUUACCCAGUUCAGGGGAAAACCUUGUUUCAGAUGGCACAUUACUAAUAGAGGCAGAGAUAAGGGUCUCACCUCAUAGCCCGAAUCUCUUUUCUCUACCUCUCCAUCUCCUGGAACCUUGAUCUCCGUGACUGAUAUGACUAGUGGAAUAGGUAUAAGAAAGUAAUAGAAAUUACUAUCAACUCUACUUACAGUUUUAGUAAUUUCACUCAUCAUGUAGCGAACACAAGGGAAGGCACGUGAAUGGAAUGUCAUACUUCCUGCAAUCAGGGAUUGUAGUGUGAGUACAGGAGGUCCUAUGGAGUGGUGGGAUGCUGAGGAGCUGUGGAUGUCAAUAGCCAUUCUAAGUACACACUGAGAUAUUCUAUUGUAUUGAAAUGUUGUUCUAUACCCCUUUCACACACAAAAUGAAAUUACCGGGUGAAGAAGUUCUACCUGGUAAUUUCACGAAAAACACGGGUCCUUUUUCUGUGUGAAACGGUCAACUCGGGUUGAAAUUCCCGAGAUUUCGACCCAGGAAGUUACUAGGGUUGGAGACACGGGAAUUUCAACUCAGGUUGACCCUUUCACACAGACAAAAACCCGUGUUGAUCCGCAAAUUACUGGGUCGAAAUCCUAGACUCGGUAAUUUGCUUCUCUGUGAGAGGGGAGGUAAGACAGAACCUGGCAACACGAACUGUCACUGAAAUGCAAGAUAAUUGCUGGGCUUUCUGUCUGAAAAGGGUAUUAGUGACUGGUUUGUGUGCUGCACAUAAACCGAUGACUAGUACAUACUCUUUAGUUUAACAUGUAGAUUACGCUGUUCCAUGACUUGAAACAAUGUAAAGCAAAUUAGCUUUAUAUAUAUGAAAUGAAGGUAGAAACCUCUUUAGAGAGCGUACUUCAUGAUGCUUACGUGCAAUUUGGAUGCAUGUAAACGGGAUCUAGUUGGUAACUCAACGUUUAGGAUGCCGGCGACCAGAACAUAGGCAUUGGUAUCACAACAGCCAGAAUCCCUGGAGGGAUAGCGUUAAUCUGAGGGAGGGGAGGGCUAGGGUUAUUCUGUGGAAUGGUUAGGCUGCAGGGAAGGUUAGGGUUAGUUAACCUUCCAAAAAGUGUCGGUAAUCUGACCGUCUGGAUGCCACUGUCGGUAUUUUUACCACCGGCAUCCUGACUGUCAGGAUCCCGUACCCAACCCAUUAAACCGUGUAUACACUAGUCUAGGGCAUCUUCUGUAUCUAUACAUUAAAUGUAAAUAAUUGCAUUGAGACAUGGAACACAGGAUCCAGUUGUUCUUUUAUACAAUGAUCUUGUUUUUUUUUUUUUUUUCUGUUUCAUUAUUGAUAAGUACACUGAAAGCUUAAAAUGUUUGCAUAAGAACAUAAUAUGGACCAAACAAACCCACAAAGUAAUACCGAUUGCGGACAUUGUUACAAUUGCUUAGAGGGGUAUUGGGUUUCAACAAAAUAAAAAUAUUUUUUAUUUUAUUUAUGGAGAUGAUUUAAAUAAUGUUGGAACUCGUUACAUAAUUUUGUAACCUAACAUUCUACUCAGUCUUCAUUACUUAGGGGGUAUCCAAUUAGCCAUGAUUCGCGAUCACGGUUAAUGUUAUCACACCUAUCUUCCGAAAAAUCGGGUUAUCGCAGCCUGCCCGCUCCCGUUUAUCUCACCUAUCCUAUUCCAAAACAGCGAUGACGGGAAUUGCGCGAUAAUUCUAGCCGGCAAAAGCUGAGAUAAGUAUAAGAGAAAGUGGGGAAAUCUGUCUGUACCCCCCAAAAAGACAAACUAACACAGGAAAAUGUUAUAGAAGUCUAUUAGUGGCCAUAAUAAAACUAUUUGGUGUAAUUAAAUUGGGUCAAAUGGCUGUUAUAUGUCUUUUUUUUAAAUGUGAAAAAAUUAUAGAAAGCAAGUUUUUUUUUCAGCAAAAUAAGUGCUCUCAUUAAAUUAGGGGUACAUUAAAUUGGUAUAAGCAUAUAUUUGGGUCAUUUUAGGGGACUGAAAAAAAAAAGUGGAAACAGACCGAUUACUCCCACCUGCAACUCUAAAAGCACUUGUCCCACUCAUUAAGCACCCUAGUAUACCUGUCACAUACCUUGAACCCCAGUCUCAAUCACUUUAAAAAAAAUUGUCCCCAAAAAUGACGUCAUUAUUGGCUAAUUAAAAAUAAUUCAAAACUUCUACGUGCCUAAUUAGUCAUUCAGGGGGGUGUCCCAGGGGUUCAGAAUCAAGUCCCAACAUUUUUACCUUAAAAUAGGGAUUUUGCACUACUUAUCACCAGCUCUAAGCUGGUGAACAGAAAUCUGCGAUAAUUUAUUGCCGCUAAUAGGAUACAAAUUAUCGCAUUUGCGAUCAUUUUUCACGAAACGGCGAUAUCGCAGCUAAUUGGAUACCCUUCUUAGUGUUAUCUGUUGCUUUAUGGGUACAUAACCAUUUGAAAUUUAUUUGAUGCUAUCAUGUGUUCAGCUGCAUUCACCUAAUAGUGGUUACAGUUUAAACUGGUCUAAUCCUAUAGAUCUUUAUGUCAUCUGUCCUGUCUACGAUCAUUGACAUUUGUUACAUAACCUAGUUGGACCUGAAUGCUGCUUGGAGUAUGUUUGGUUCGGACUUCACAUUAAAACAGUGACCUCUGUCAUCAAUCCGAUUAAGCUGUGGUGACUAUAUGGUGAAUACAGUUGAAUACCUAUGCGUAUUGGGAGAGGGGUGGGUACAAGAGAAGCAAUUAGGGUAUGUACCCUAAAACAAGUUAAUACAGUUACGUAUUUUGUUGUUGUCAUGUCUCCAUGAGGUUUGCACAGGACAAAUAACGUGUAAUGUUUGGUUAUUAGGGAAAUAGUCAUUUAAUACGUUAGGCUUUUAUGGAUCUACAGUUUACAUACAUUACUUUUUUCAUAUGACUAAAAUAAAUAA